CAUCUUGCCCUUGUGUACCAGUUAAGAGGUAAGAGGCUCUGAAAAUUUUGUCUGUAAUGCCUUCCUUGAGUUGUUGGCAGUGUUCCCCAGUAGCAGCUCUGUUGUGUCCACUUGUGAUGACAGUAUCCGUUAUCUCCUGCUUCCUUUAGACUGCCAUCCUUUGUGCCGUCAGUGUGUGGCCAACCUGUGGGACACUGGCAGCCUCUGUCUCAAGUGCCAGAACGCCCGUCACUUGCUCCUAGGGGAUCACUGCGUUCCUGACUGUCCGGCGGGGUACUACACGGAGAGCGGCGCCUGCAAACGAUGUCAUCCUUCAUGUAAAACCUGCAGAGGUAGUGGUCCUCUUUCCUGCUCCUCCUGCAAUACCAGCCUGGUUCUGUCCCACACCAACAUGUGCGUUACAGUCUGUUCUCCAGGAUACUACAAGGAUGAGAGCCAGACCUGCAAACCUUGCAACAGCCAGUGCCUGAACUGUGAAUCAGCUACGGGCUGUACGUCUUGCAGAGAUCCAGCUAAGGUCCUCUUAUUUGGAGAAUGCCAGUAUGAGAGCUGCGCUCAGCAGUAUUAUCUGGACUUUUCAACCAAGACUUGCAAAGAGUGUGACUGGAGCUGUAAUGCUUGUAAAGGCCCCUUGAGGACCGACUGCCUGCAGUGUAUGGAGAGCAGUGUUCUCCACGAAGGAGCUUGUGUGGAACAGUGCCCCACAGCUUUCUACAAGGAGUCGGACACGUGCCAGAGGUGUGAUCAGCAUUGCCUUCAGUGUCACCAACCAAAUGAGUGCAGCCUUUGUGAAGCUCCGUUUUUCCUCUUGGACACUCAGUGUGUUUAUAAGUGUAGGAAGGGAUAUUAUGCAGACCACGCACAGCGAAAAUGCAUAGCUUGUCCUCAUGGAUGCUUGGAGUGUGACAGUGACAGUCUUUGCCACCUCUGUGACAGCAACACCUUUCUGAAAAACAAGAUUUGUAUUUCUGCCUGUGGACAGGGAUUCUAUGGCAACAAGUGGACCAGAGAGUGUGAAGGUGAGUGUCUUUCCUUAUGAGGCAUCUAAGCUGGC